GUCUAUUCCUCGUGCCAAGGCACUUUCUCCGGAAGCGCACCCACCUCUCCGCGCCGCUCGCCUUCACGCGUGCUCUCAGCUCAACACCACUGUAACUCAGGCCUUGACGGGCUUGUUUUAUCAAAACCAGCAAGAAUGUCAUCCGACGCUAUGACUAUCAACGAGUCGCUGAUGGAGGUGGAGCACACUCCCGCCGUCCACAAGCGCAUUCUGGAUAUCCUGCCCGGCAUUUCAGGCGGUGUGGCCCGUGUCAUGAUCGGCCAGCCCUUUGACACCAUCAAGGUGCGGCUGCAAGUGCUGGGUCAGGGCACUGCCCUGGCGGCCAAGCUGCCGCCGUCGGAGGUGUACAAGGACUCGAUGGACUGCAUCCGCAAGAUGAUCAAGAGCGAGGGCCCGCUGUCCUUCUACAAGGGCACCGUCGCGCCCCUGGUCGGCAACAUGGUCCUGCUGGGCAUCCACUUCCCCGUCUUCUCGGCCGUGCGAAAGCAGCUGGAGGGUGAUGACCACUACUCCAACUUCUCCCACGCCAACGUCCUGCUGUCGGGCGCGGCUGCCGGUGCCGCCGGUUCUCUGAUCUCUGCCCCCGUGGAGCUGGUCCGCACCAAGAUGCAGAUGCAGCGCCGCGCCGCUCUGGCUGGCACGGUGGCCGCCGGCGCCGCCGCCUCGGCUGGCGCCGAGGAGUUCUACAAGGGCUCGCUGGACUGCUUCAAGCAGGUCAUGUCCAAGCACGGCAUCAAGGGCCUGUACCGUGGUUUCACCUCCACCAUCCUGCGUGACAUGCAGGGCUACGCCUGGUUCUUCCUGGGCUACGAGGCCACUGUCAACCACUUCCUGCAGAACGCCGGCCCCGGUGUGCACACCAAGGCCGACCUCAACUACCUGCAGGUCAUGGCCGCCGGCGUGGUGGCGGGCUUCGGCCUGUGGGGCUCCAUGUUCCCCAUCGACACCAUCAAGUCCAAGCUGCAGGCCGACUCCUUCGCCAAGCCCCAGUACUCGUCCACGAUGGACUGCCUCAAGAAGGUGCUGGCGAGCGAGGGCCAGGCGGGUCUGUGGCGCGGCUUCUCCGCCGCCAUGUACCGCGCCAUCCCCGUCAACGCCGGCAUCUUCCUGGCGGUGGAGGGCACGCGCCAGGGCAUCAAGUGGUACGAGGAGAACGUGGAGCACAUCUACGGCGGCGUGAUCGGCCCCGCCACGCCCACCGCCGCGCAGUAAAUGUGGCCGCGGCUGCGGCUACGUGCUUGAGCGCCCGCGUGUGCUCUAUCUAGCUGCUGCAACAGCUGCUGUUGCGCACGCGGCGCAAGGCGCAACCUCCUGGCAUGACAACAUGGCUCAAAAGGUGUCACGUGUGUGUGUGUGUGUGUAUGUUUGUGUGUGCGUGUGGAGAGUCUGGCAUAGGUAGAUGUGGUCGUUAGCUUUCUGCUUCGUUCCCCAUCGUGAGGCGCAUACAUGCGGCAACAAGCCAGUGGAUGCACUCUGGGCAGAACGUGCGUGUGUGCUCGUUUUUCCUAGCUUAGUGGUGGCAGCAGCGGCAACAGAAAGAGGUAGGCAGAAGCAGGAGCGGUCGAGGGAACAGGACAGCUGCUGAAUACAAAGGCGUCAGACCUGAACGUAAUUUUGUGCGGGCACCAUACCCCGCUUACGGUCCAAGGGCAUGAUGCCUUUUUGAUGCACACAUCACCCCUCCCCGCGCAUGUAUGUUAAAUGAUGAUUUUGACUGCUGUUUUUGAGAGCGGAACAAGGGGAACUGCAGUACUGGCUCGGACAUGAGAGGAGAGGCCGGCGAGAGAGGCUCAUGACAAAAAGUGGAAUGGGCUUGCAGAUGUAUAUAGCAGGGCAAACUGGCAAAAGGAGCGAUACCUUUCGUAAGCACAGGGCUGAGGUGCAUGGUCGUGGAAGGUCACGGGAGUUGAGCCGCUACACCGGCUGUCAGUGCUGGUCUGUUUCUCCAUCGGGAAACGCGGGUCAAUAUGUAAUCGUGAUGGGUU